CACACGGAAGCGAAUCCCAGCUGUCAAACAGAUCGUAGUAAAUCAGACCUAACGCCGUUAGCAGCAACAUAUCAAACGACACAUAACAUGGACUCUCCACGCUGGUUGCCCCUGGAGUCUAAUCCAGAAGUCAUGACCAAGUUUGUCAGCUGUUUGGGUAUGAAGCCAUCAUGGCAGUUCGGGGAUGUCUACGGGUUGGAUCCUGAGCUUCUCAGCAUGGUACCAAGACCUGUGUGUGCAGUGCUUCUCCUCUUCCCUGUAACAGAGAAGUAUGAGGCGUAUAAGCAAGAAGAGGAGGAGAGGCUGAAAGGCCAAGGGCACAAAGUAUCCCCUGAUGUCUACUUUAUUAAGCAAACUAUUGGGAACGCCUGUGGGACGAUCGGAUUAAUUCAUGCAGUUGCAAACAACCAGUUUAAUAUUUCCUUUCCAGAACCCGAUUCACCCCUUAAGAAAUUUCUUGAACAAACUGCAAAAAUGACCCCUGAGGAAAGAGCCACAUUUCUGGAAAAAGACGAGAGUAUACGUGUCACACAUGAAUCCAGCGCUCAGGAGGGACAAACUGAGGCACCAAGUUUAGAUGAGAAAGUGAAUCUGCAUUUUAUAGCUUUUGUGAAUGUUGGAGGACAACUAUUUGAACUAGAUGGUCGGAAGCCUUUCCCUGUUGUCCAUGGAAAAACUACCGAAGAUACCUUCCUUGAGGACGCUGUAGAAGUUUGUAAGAUUUUCAUGGCUCGUGAUCCUCAGGAGGUCCGUUUCACCAUCAUCGCUCUGUCCAAAGAUUCAUUCUAAAGGAAGCUCCUCUUUGUUUUGUUUUAUCUUUAGACACCAGAAAGCAAAGAAAACAUAACUGCCAAACAUUCUGAAGUGCUGAAUAUGUUGUAAAAAAAACUGUUCUUGUUUUGUUUUGGGUUUUUUUUCCCCACAAUAUUUUAGGAAGUAAAUCAGAAAAGCUCAAAUGCUUCCAAAGAGAGAACGUCAAUGCCUUUGAAUCUGAUUGGCUCAGUAUGUGUGUUUCAGGCUAAUUUAGGGAAGAAAUUCAACUUCACAUAAAUCACCAUUUGUUUUAAAUAUUUUUUGGAUUUAUUUUCAACUUCAAUCACAUGGUGGUGAGCUGUGAGAAACUUGCUAUCUGCUUUUCAUUCUCUUUAACACUUAAAGAAUGAUGUUUUGCAUUAAUCUGUUUUGAACUACAUUAGAAAAGAGGGCUGUACACAGAUAAUUAACAUCCAGUCUGUAAAUGCAGGUGGACGGUGCCUACGUUUUUGUAAUUAUCAGUCAAAUAAAAGGCAAAUUUAAUAAGCACCUUUUU